AUGAAAGGACACAUCAUGUAUCAGAGGCUUUAUGGAUUGAUUCUCAUGUCAAGUUUUAUCUUUCUUUCAGUUGUUUCUGAAAAUAUAACAAUUAAAGAAACAAGUACAACUCUUUCACAACAAAUAGCUUUCACAACCCCAUCCCAAGUUACUGAACUAAAGCCACAAAAGACUGUAUAUUCUUCUACAAUGAUGUCUAAAGGCAUGCCUGUAUUUGCAACUGACUAUACAAUCAUAUCAUAUUCCAAUACCUCUCCAUCUCUGGAAACAAUGACUGCACCAACAUUUUUAAAGACAUCCAUAGCUGAGACAGCUACAUUCGUAGCAGACAUUUUGUUUACUUCAGCAGCCAUUGCUCUACCUACCAAGAAUACCUCCAUAGGCACUACUACCAAUUCCACAAAAAUAACUAAAUCCCCAUCUUCAGAGAGCACAGUGACAACAAAAAUGCCUGGAGCCAUUGUUACUGAGACCUUUCAUCCAACUACAGCUACUAAUUUCCUAUACACAUCUGGAUUUACCAAGAAUUCAAUUACAUACAAAACUUCAGCAAUUAGAUCUCAGCUCAUCAUUAUAAAGACAACAUCUUUAUGCUCAUCUAUUGAGUCAACAUCCAAGUCUAAAUUCUCUUGGCCCAAACACAAAUCCACAAGUAUUCGAGUACUCCCUAUCUCCACAGCUGACCAGAAGUUUCUUGCAUCUACAGUGGCUGGAACUGUACCUUGUUCUACAGUGAAACAGAGUUCUACUCACAUUGGGACUGAAUCAGCAGUCCUACCUGAGUCUGUGCCCAUCUCCACAGCUGCUCCAGUAAAUACUAUAUUUCCUAGAAAUCAAACAUCUACAUUGGCAAUGACUGAUACAAAAAUAUCAUUUACAAUUCAUUCAGUGACGCUCCCAACUAAGUUUAUUGAGACAACUCCUGAGCUAAGAACACCUGAAACAGAAUUGACAUCUACAAAUUUCCAGGAUGUCUCUUCAUCCAGAGUGGAGAAUACAAUAUCUAUCUCCAUGCCAAAAGAGGCCUCUUCUAUGGCCCUUCCUUUCAGGACAUCCUUUUCACUCACUGGAGCUCCGAACGUACAGACAAAUAUUGAUACUGAGACUACACAUACAGCCUUGACUCCUGGAACCACACUUGCUCAUACAGCUGCUGAAAGUAUGAUUUACCCCACAGUCACUGGGCUAGUGCAUACUAAGAAUACACCCACAAGUGAUGAAAACAUGUUUCCUUUGACUUCCACUAGAUCAACUUCCACAUCCAAUGCAUCUGAAUCUGGCCUCACAACAAUAAGUGAUGAAGGUGCCCAUUUAUUCACCAAUGAGAUCAAUUGGACUUCCAGACCAAACCAGACCCUAUUGACAUCAGUAUUCCAUGGGAGUACUUCUAAUACAGAACAUUCAUCCACAACUACUGAUAUUAUUAUCCCUCCAGAAGCAUCCACAGAAAGUGAGUCUACCACUACCACUGAUGCUAUUAUCACUACUGAUGCCAUUAUAGACAGAUAUACAACUCUAUCCAACUUGACAUCUCCAUGGUUGGCUGAUUUCUCCAUAAUUUCUGGAACCAUAUCUGUAACCAAAUUGCCUGAGUUUAAACUUACCUCUUUAUUAUUAAACACCACCCCUAUGUCCACAGUAGCUGGAAACAAACUUCUUUCAACAUCAAGGGAGACAGUUGUUCCACUGGUAGAUAUAAUAUCUUCCCUUGCUGACAGUGAGCCAAAUUUUUCUAUUGAGGAGAGUGCUUCUGAGACCACACAAACAGAGAUAAAAAAUACAAAUGCAUUUGGAGAGACAACAAUCCCUGUGCCAGAGUCUGCAACAACACAAAGAUUCAAUACUUCUGUGACAAGGAAAGAAACAACUUCCCAUUAUCUUAAGGGAAGAUCCACUAUAGCAGCAACAACAGAGAUUUCUCCAUUUGCAACAAUGCUGGAAGCAACAGAUGAGUCUGUACAAAUGGUGACAGCUUCUGUUACCGUUUCCCCUUUUCCUGAUUUAGAAAAGUUGACUGCCCCAUUAGAUAAUAAAACUGCAACUACUGAGGUGAGAGGAUGUUGGCUUUCUCCAAAAUCAGUGAAAACCACACCUAAGACUUCAUACAAUGGAACUGCAGAAAUCUUUAAUUCCAUCCACAUGUACACAGCACAGUGGACUUCAGAGACUCCAUCUGAAGGGAAUCCAACUCCAUCUCCAACUUCUGGGAGCACAAAGACAUUCCCUGAACCCCUGGUUGCUUCUAUCAUAAGGAUAUUGGAGACCAAUUUUGCCACUGGUCCUACAGACAGGAGAGCUAUGUCCUUGUCUACUAGUAUCUUGCCUCCACAGCCUACAGCUACCCAUUUCUCUGCAACCCCUGUGCUUAUUACCCAUAUGUUCUCACCAGUUAAUGUCUCUGCUGUCACCUCUAUGGUGGUGUCUGAAGAGACUAAAAUUACCAUGUCUGAGCCUUCUGCACUGGCCAGGGCUUCCGCCACAUCUGUGCACUCAGAUAUCUCAACUCUGUCAUCAGCUAGAGUGACCACAGCAUUGGUGCCACCACUGGAUCAGACUGUUUCCACAACCAGUGAUAUUGUGCCUACCCAUGGAGACUCGACUCACACCACUUUAGAGCCCACAAUGAUCUCUGUCAGAAUGACACCUACAGCAAUUUCCUUUCUGACAAAAACUCCAGUCCCCUCACUGAGACCUACCAGUCCUGUGGCAACUAAGGCUGAGACCACCCUUCUCUCCACUUCAGCUGACACAGUUAGUUCACCCACAUCCUCUCUUGCCUGCUCUAAAUCUUUCCCUGACAAUAUUCCUGACAAUAUUUCUGUUGUGUCCUCCACUCAGAUGAUCUCAACUAUGUCUACACUAGUAGCAACCCAGCCCAUAACUCGAGUGGAGGAGACUUCUAUCCAUGCUCUCAGCUUUCUGUAUACUUUCAGUGGUAGUGGUGAUGUUGUUAGCUUGGUUACUGCCUCCACGAAAAAUUCUGUUAUUGAUGAGACCAUGCCCUCACACACCUCUGCCAAUAAACUUACAACUUCAGAUGGUCACAUUUCUCAAUUUCCCACACGUCUUGAAAACACACUGGUCCCCACUCUAUCAGUGACUGAUGUUUCUACCUUUUCUUCUGACAAAGAGCAGAUGACCACCUCACUAGGAAACAUUGCUGAAACUAUGGAGGUGACAGAAAUGUCCCCAUUAAAGAACCCUUUUAUUUCAGAGUUCCAGAGUACUUCAUCCUUGGAAGUGACAGAUAUUGGAUUUGCUGAGACCACAAGAAUUUCUAGUCAUCAAACACAUUCACCUUCAGAGAUUACACUUGUGACUUCACCUGAUGGGAUUUCAGUUUCAUCUCCCACUCCAGGGAGUACACAGACAACACAUACCACCUGGACGUCGAGUAACAUAGAUGUUCACAUUUCAGAAAUAUCUAGUCUUGGGAAAAUAGCUCUCCCUUCAGAAGCUCUGACAAUUACCACAUCUUUGUCUCCUGAUAAAGAAAGCAUGAGUGCCCUUUCAAUAUAUACUCCCAGGACUGAGAAAAUGACAGUAAGCACCACCUCUGUGACUCAUCCUUUCUCAUACCACCAGGACACUUCAUUUGUAAAUACUGUAACUUUCAGGGCAACCAGAAUAUCAAAUCCUAUAAACAUCAACACAGCUCUUUCACAUUUGCUUUCACCCCGGACUCAACCUGAGGUGACAUCAGUUGCCUUUCCCAUUUCUGAAAGCACACAGACCUCCCCCGAGUCUCUGUCUCUUUCCACAACUGAACUAUCUAGUGCCAAUUUUACAAUUAUUUCUACUGAUGGGAUCACUACAGCACUUUCUGCUCCAAGUGUAACUACAGCACUUCUUGGGAAAACUUCUAUGGCAACAUCCAUUCCUAUUUACCAGAUGUCCUCAUUGCCAGUUAGUGUCACUGCCUUCACCUCCAAAAGAGUUUCUGAUACUCCUACAAUACUAAUGACCAAAUCUUCUAAAACAACACACCCAGAUUGUUUGAGAAGUCCCUCUAUAGCCACUUCUGGGCCAGUGUCUGAAAUGACCUCAAUGUCAGUUCGUGACUCUGCUUUUUCACCUCCAGCUGUUUCUUCUGACAAUUCCACAACAGUCAGAUCAUUUUCUACUUUAUUGUCUUCAAUUACUCCUAGGACUACUAUGACCAUACAAACAUCUACAUUGGAUGUCACACCUGUGACAUAUGCUGGGCUUACUUCAAGAAACACAAUUUUCUCUGCUAUUACUACUUCAAAAAUGACAGAGAUACCCUCCUGGAUCACACCUACGUCCUUUUCCUUUCCAACAGAGCCAACUUAUUCCUCUGUGAAAACCAUUCCAUCCACUAUUAUGUCUGGGGUGGUGACUCCAUUUGUAGGCACCACUGUCUCCUUUCUACUCAGUUCUCAGAACACUCAAGCAAUUGCUUCCAUUCAAAAGACCACAUUUCCACCAUUUCUAUCAACAACUCCACAGUCAUUCCAAAGAGAUGAGGCUACAACUCUGUGCAUAUUAACUGGGAUUACUAACAGCUCCCUAUCCACUGUAAGCGGUGGUAGAGUAACAAUUCUCACAAAUACUUGUUCCAGAACUGCUGUUCCUAAAAGUGUGAUUUCAUUGACUCCUUCAGAUAGUCUCCAUACUUCUUUGAAUAUUCAGGUUUCCCCAUCUUUGGCUAGCUUUAAGAGCAUUCCUGGACCAACAAAAAGUAUAAAAGCCACCACUUCCCUUUCUUCAAACACACAAAAAAACACUUCCUUGUCAGAAAAUACUUCAGCAACUGAACUAACAAAAGGAACCACAUCUGUAAAUACCCCUGUUUCAUACUAUCCAUGGACUCCAUCCAGUGUAACUCUGCCCUCUUUUACAUCAUUUCUUUAUUCACCUUGUAGUACUAAAGCUGAGUUCUCUACUCCAAAGACUUAUCUUCCUCCUACAUCCCAAAUGGUUGAAUUUCCAGUUAUGGGAACAAGAACCACAUCUAGUAACACCCAAUCUCUACUUAUGACUUCCUGGAACACACCCAUGGCUGAAGAUUCUCAAUUUCCAAUUUUCACCACUACUCGUGUACCUACACCCAAGAAGAUGGAAACAGAGACUCCAUACCUUGUUCCUGGAUCUUGGUCAGCAUUCACAGCUUCCCAGAUUGGCCUUGUAUCUGGAGAUGUUAUGGCAAUGUCAUCAAGUUCCAAGUCAGGAAUUCUUCCUAUUUUGGGGAUGUCUGAGAGCCCUUCAUUAUCAAUAUCCUCAAGAUCUAUCCCUACCACUUUGGUUGACAUUAAGCAAAUAUUUGGGAAGACUACCACAUCUAUAACUCCUGGGACCACACUCCCAUCAAAUCCUUCUGUUGCCACUUCAGAAUCUGUAAUUUCAAAGGCUACUACUUCAGGUUCCCUUCUGAUAACUGUGUCUAACACUCCUCACAUUAUAACUUCCUCUGCAGUAGAGGUGCAGCCCAUACUGGACUCCCUUCCAAAUAUAACCACCACUACAUCUACAACUACUGAAGCCUCAUUUCCACUCACAUCUACAAGAGUAACAUAUCCUUCUACAGCAACUGUGUCUUCACUGCUUUCUUCCUCUUUUGAGACAACCUGGCUGGGCUCUACACCUUCCUCUUUAUCUAUGGAAACAUUGACUUCACCUAUUGCCAUUAAGUCCACAGUUUCCUUCUACAAUAUUGGAAUGAGCUUCUCUGUCUUUGGUGAAGAGUCAGCAAUCCCUAUUACCAGUGCCUUAAAUGAAUUAGCAGAAAAUUGGAUGAAUUCUAUGUUUCAGAACAGUGAAUUUGCUCUUGCUAAUCUGGCUAUUCAAAUUAAAAGCAGAAAUGCUUCUAAGGAAGAAAUAACCAUGGACAGAACUUUUUGACUAUGUAAUUUUCUUUUGCAUUAUUUGGAACAGAGAGAAGGGCAAGAGAUGGCUACAAUUUCCCAUGUACUAUACAGCUGUGUUUGUCAGGUCGUCAUAAAGGCCAGCUCUUCUUUAGCACCUGCCGAAUUGAUUAGCAGGAUCAAAAGUAAGAUACAAGGCAACUUCAUGCGUGGAAACUUCACACAAGAUCAUGUGACAUUAUUAGUAAAGUCUGAACACGUUGCAGUGAAAAAAUUAGAGCCAGGAAAGUGCAAAGCUGAAGAGACAACCUCUAAAUACAAAGGGACAUAUAAGUGGUUCUUAACCAACCCUACUGAUACAGCCCAAACUAGAUGCAUAAAAAAUGAGGCUGCAAAUGCUACUAGAAUCUGCUCAAUCAGUAUGGAUACUGGCAAAUCUCAGUGGGAAAAACCAAAGUUUAAACAAUGCCAAUUGCUUCAAGAACUUCCUGAUAAGAUUGUGGAUCUUGCUAAUAUUAUUAUCAGUGAUGAGAAUGCAGAUGAUGUUGCCAAGCACAUUUUAAAUUUGAUAAAUGAAUCCCCCUCUCUGGAUGAAGAAGAAACAAAGAUUAUUGUUUCUAAAUUAUCUGAUAUUUCACAAUGUGAUGAGAUAAGUAUGAACCUAACCAAGGUUAUAUUACAAAUAAUUGAUGCUGUUUUGGGAAAACAAAACAAUUCAGUAUCUGAUCUACAUGAAGUAAGCAAUGAAAUUCUGAGGAUAAUCAACCGUGCUGGUCAUAAGAUGGAUUUUUUUGGGAAGACAGCAAAUCUGACAGUGGCCAGCCUGGCUUUAGCUGUCCUGAGGGUGGACCGCACAUUUGAAGGCAUGGUCUUCAGCAUUCGCUCCUAUAAAGAAGGUACAGACACUGAGAUUUACCUAAGUGAAGUCCCUUUGGGGAUGGUUUUGGCUUCCAUAUAUUUGCCUAAAUCAUUGAGGGAGAGAAUUCCUCUUAGCAACUUACAGACGAUCUUGUUUAAUUUCUUUGGCCAAACUUCACUCUUUAAGAUCAAAAAUGCCACUAAAGCAUUAACUACAUAUGUUGUGAGUGCCAGCAUUUCAGAUACACCCAUUCGAAACUUGGCCGACCCAGUAGUUAUUACUCUGCAGCAUACUGAAGGAAACCAGAAUUAUGAUCAAGUUCACUGUGCCUUUUGGGACUUUGAGAAUAACAAUGGGCGAGGUGGAUGGAAUUCAUCAGGCUGUAAAGUAAAGGAAACAAAUAUAAAUUACACAAUAUGUCAUUGUGACCACCUCACCCAUUUUGGAGUCUUAAUGGAUUUAUCAAGAUCUGCAGUGGAUGCAGUGAAUGAACGGAUAUUAGUGCUUAUAACAUACACUGGAUGUGGAAUCUCCUCCAUUUUCUUAGGAAUUGCAAUGGUGACAUACGUAGCUUUUCGCAAACUUCGAAAAGAUCAUCCUUCUAAAAUCCUGAUCAAUUUGUGUACUGCACUACUUAUGCUAAACCUGGUAUUUCUGUUCAAUUCUUGGUCGUCAUCAUUUCAGACAGAGGGACUUUGUAUUUCAGCAGCAGUAGCACUUCAUUACUUCCUGCUUGUUUCUUUGACAUGGAUGGGCCUGGAGGCGGUCCACAUGUAUUUUGCUCUAGUUAAAGUCUUCAACAUUUAUGUUCCCAACUAUAUCCUUAAAUUUUGCCUGGUUGGUUGGGGGAUCCCAGCAAUUAUGGUGGCAAUCAUACUCAGUGUGAAGAAAGAUCUGUAUGGAACUGUGAGCUCCACGUCUCUAUUUUGUUGGAUACAAGACGAUUCUCUCUUUUACUUCUCAGUUGUGGCUUAUUUUUGCCUCAUAUUUCUCAUUAAUUUCUCCAUGUUUUGCACUGUUCUUGCUCAACUGAAUUCCAUGAAAUCCCAAAGCCAGAAGACUCAGUGGAAGAUGAUUCUACAUGACCUCAAAGGCACAACAAGCCUGACAUUCUUACUUGGCCUCACUUGGGGGUUUGCCUUUUUUGCCUGGGGACCUGUGAGGAUCCUUUUCUUGUAUCUUUUUGCCAUUUUUAAUACUUUACAAGGAUUCCUCAUCUUUGUGUUCCACUGCGUGAUGAAGGAGGGUGUGCGGGAGCAGUGGCAGAUACACUUCUGUUGCAGGUGGUCACAACUGGAUAACUCUUCUGAUGGGAGCAGCAGGUAUGAGCUAAAUGUUGGAUAUAAACAGGAAAGACUGAAAAAAACCUUCAAGCACAAAUUGUUGAUACCAUCCCUAAAGUCAAAUGCAACUAGUUCUACUUUCAAACCUUUAGGCUCUGCACAAGGCACUCCUUCAGAAAUAAGCUUCCCAAAUGAUGACUUUGAUGAAGAUCCCUACUGUUUCUCUCCCUUGAGUUGUGAUGUUGUACCUAAUUGUGGGAAGGUGAACCAGUGA